UUUUCAGGUAUAAAUUCAAGAUGCAGUUUAUUGGUCGCUUGGUUGGGACGCUGAACAGUGUGACUAAUCUGUUCAGUAACCCUCAUCGAGUACGAGAAGUUCCGCUUUCAGAGUACAGGGCAUGUCCACGGGUGUUGGAAGACGGGAGGAUGGUAUUGUAUCGAAAUAGCUCUGCUAAGUCCUGGGACUGCCUGCUAAUAAGCCUGGAGACACCGCAGAAUGCUUUCAGGCUUUUCCAGGUGACUUCAGAGCUUGAGGCAAAAGAAGCCUUCCUUCAGUAUGCUGACAAGCUACGUCCAUUCUAUGAGAGCUCCAGGCAAGCUCUGCGGCUUGAUGCCCUCCAACAGCUGACUGACUGCCUGCGGAAUUACCCUGACUGGUCACUGGCUCACAUUGCUGUGGAAACUGGUAUGCGGGAUUGCUUAAAGCACAACUGCAUCAUUAGCUAUAUCAAUAGUAGAGAAAACAAAGAAGGUUGCACUCCACUCCAUCUUGCUUGUAAAAAAGGAGAUGUGGAUUGUAUCCGAGAGCUUGUAGAUGAAUGUCAAGUUAGGCUGGACCUUGUUGACAACAAUGCAGAAACCGUCUUCCAUUAUGCAGCAAAGCAAGACAACUUCAGAGUUGUAGAGAUCCUCUGCAGACAACCAACAUGUGGAGUCAAUCAAGUAAACAACACUGGGGAAACUCCACUGCAUGUGGCUUGUCGGCUUGGAAAGUCAGAUGUUGUACAAGCUUUCCUUCGCAGCUCUGCUAAAUGUGACAUUAUUGGAGGACAAAGAUAUCCCAUCCACACUGCAGUAAAAUACUGCCAGAACGGGUGUGCUGAGAGCAUCUUAGAUGCAGAUCCAAGCCAGGUUCAUUCAGAAGACUUGUUGUAUGGAGGAACACCACUACACUGGGCAAACAAAGCAGAGAUGGCACGUCUGUUGAUUGGUCAUGGCAGCAAAGUAAACUAUCUCAGUAAAACAGGAGACUCCCCACUCCAUAUCAUGGUUAAAUUCAAGCGCUUUGACUGUAUCAUGGUACUACUUACAAAUGGUGGAAAUCCCAACCUCAAGGGAGAAAAUGGAAAUACACCUCUUCAUUUGGCUAUGAAGCUAGACAAGCUUGUCAUGAUUAAGGCGCUCAUUGUAUUUGGUGCUGAAAUUGAUGUACCUAAUGACUUUGGAGAGACGCCCAGGCUGUUGGCAGUUCGCGCAAGUAAAGGUGAUAACCGGAAGGUGUUGUUAAGCAUGCUGCAUUCUGUAGGUGCCGAAUGCUGUUAUCCAUCCACCCCUGACUCCCUUCAGCAGCCCUUAGAAUUGCCAUCAUCCACCUGUCCUCCAAGACCACCCCCUCCACAUGGCAACCGUGGUGCCAUAGGGUUUGAGGAUGCAGUUCAUAUUGCAACGGCACUGAGUGCACUGGCUUACUCACGGGAUACUGUGGAUUUGUCAAGACAGCAACAGAGAAAAUCAGACUCCUUGCUGUGCCUGGAUGGAGGAGGGAUCAAGGGUCUUGUUCUCAUUCAAUUGCUGCUUGCGUUGGAGAAGGCUGCUGGUCGACCAAUCAGAGAGCUUUUUGACUGGGUUUCCGGAACCAGCACUGGUGGAAUUCUUGCACUAGCUAUUGUCCAUGGUAAAUCCAUGGAAUACCUGCGGUGCUUGUACUUUCGAAUGAAGGCUGAAGUAUUUAAGGGAUCACGGCCCUAUGAAUCUGCUCCUCUAGAGGAAUUCCUGAAGAGAGAAUUUGGAGAACACACUAAAAUGGCUGAUGUUAGAAAACCUAAGGUCAUGGUAACAGCCACCCUUUCUGACCGGCACCCUGCUGAACUUCAUUUGUUCCGAAAUUAUGACACGCCUGAAAUCGGACGUGAGCCACCUUACACGAGGACAGCAGAGUUCAGACCUUUAUUGAAACCUGAAGAGGAUGACAAGACUUUGAAAAGUGAGGAAAGACCCAGAAAGCGUAGGAAACUAAGUGAAGGAGAGCAACUGGUAUGGCGAGCAGCUCGAUCCAGCGGAGCCGCACCAUCCUACUUUAGACCAAUGAACCGCUUUCUGGAUGGUGGCCUACUGGCUAACAAUCCAACAUUGGAUGCCUUGACUGAAAUCCAUGCAUAUAACAAGAGUCUAAAGAUGAAGGACCGAAGUCAUGAAGUCAAAAAGUUGGGAGUGGUUGUCUCUCUUGGGACAGGAAAACCUCCUCAAGUCCAGGUCAGCUCAGUUGAUGUCUUUCGACCCUCCAACCCAUGGGAGCUGGCCAAAACGGUGUUUGGUGCCAAGGAGCUAGGGAAGAUGAUAGUGGACUGUUGCACUGAAUCAGAUGGUUGUACAGUAGACAGAGCCAUGGCUUGGUGUGAAAUGGUAGAUGUACCGUAUUUCAGAUUAAGUCCACAGUUUAAAACUGAGGUGAUGCUGGAUGAAGUGGAUGACAUCGUACUGGUGAACAUGUUAUGGGAGACACAGAUUUAUAUCUUUCAACAAAAGGAUCAAAUUCGGCAGCUGGUAGAGUGCCUCCUAAAUGCUUAAAGAGAAGACUUUGAGGCAGUGAGGAAGACAAGUAAAUGAAAAGCACAUUCUUUGGCACAUUUGAACUUUUUUCCACUGGACAUAGCUGACUACCUAUCCUCUGGUUCAGACCCUUGUAUAAACAGCUUGGUGGCAGUCAUCAAUGAAAUGCUGUGCGAGUCUGCAUGAAGAAUGAUGAGUCCUGGUAGAAACUGCAAGAUAUGCUCAACCUAUUCCUUAACUUGACAGAACCAGUAUGUCGAAAUGAGUGGAAAUAUAUGCAUACUAAUCCAACUCUACUAGAGGGAUUUGCUCAUUUUUUUAAAAUUAAAGCUGCUGUUAAUGGAACAUUAUAAUUUAAUUAAGUGAUUUUACAGAGAUAAAUUUCAGUAUAAGUGAGUAUUUCUGAACUACAUGAAUCUUCGUGGUAGACGUUGUCCUGACCUAAUGAAUGAGCUGCAUUCCCAGAGUGAGUCUGGACCAUAACUUCCAAACUGUGGUGUUGGGAAAAUAAAUGGGCCCCAAGUUACUAAACUGUCAACUUUUUCCUGCUAGAAAACAUUUUUCUCUGCUCAAAUAUUAAAGUCUUAAAGAUUAAACAUACUAUAUGUGCCUCCAACGUCACUGAGUACUAAAGGUUAGACUAUAGUGAGCAUCUUUGACUUGUGUAAGUCUCUGAAAAUAGAUCAGUAUAACAAUUGCUUUUAAUAUAUGUACUGCUCAUGCUGACAGUGUGUGUGUGCGACAAUUUAAGGAAAAAAAAUUCUAAAGUGGGAAAAUUCAGUGAGACUAGUCAGUGAUGCUGGAGAUGUGUAUGUUUAAUCUUUGAAACUGUAAUAUCUGGGAGGGAGAAAUGUUUUCUAGCAGGAAAAAUUUGAUAGGUGAGUACCUCUGGGCCCAUUUAUUUGACCAAGGACACCACAGUUCUGAAGUUCAGGGCCAGACUGACUGGUGGGGAUGCAACUCAUUCAUUAGGGUAGGAUGAUGUCUACCAUGAAGAUUAAUGUAGUUCAGAAAUGCUUGAGUCUGUUUUUCUUGUGAAUUACUGAUGCUUUUGGACCAAAGCAACAUGCAGGUGAAAUAUUUAGAUUGUAAAACAGUUUGGGAUGCAGUCUGUAGACUAUAACAUGAAACAAUUGCCCUGUUUUGUGCUGCUUCCAUGUCACUUUAUUGCCUGCCCUGCCUUCCCUCUUCAGCUGCAGUUGUUACCUGUCCUUCUGACAGUGCAUUUUGUCCAUAUCAAAACUUUCCGGCCUUAUUCUCUUUCACUGUGCAUAUGCCAAACUCUCAGUGCUUUUCCACAUACCUUGGUUUCUCCAUUUUUCUCACCAUUUUGGUACGUAUAGUUUUCUGCUGUCUGGGCUUGUUUUGCUUUUCUGUAUGACUGCCAUAGCGUAAACACAGAACUCUAGGUUUAGAUUUGCCAGUGUUUUAUACAAAAUGUGCCAAUGUUAGCAUUUCUAGAGUCCGGUAAUUUAGUUGUUCAUUUCAAUACCUUGUUUGUCUUUGCCACAGCCAUUUCUAUUGUAUUGUGUAUGAAUACGACACCACUAUUUGAUAAGUAGAUUACAAUGUGUAAUUUAGCUUUCAGGUAAUUAUAAUAACCCCAAAUUUAUUUAUUAUUUAUUUUACAUUUGUUGACCGGGAUAGUCCGACUGGGUACAUGUCCAUUUUCAGCGGAGGCCCGGAGGGGUUCCACGUAACAAAACAGUACAGAGACAGUAAAUGCAUAACUAAGUUUUAAACACAGGAAACGUAUCAAAAUAUUAACAUAGGAUACAAGCAGAUAACAUCUUUCAAUAUGUACAGACAUACAUAUGUAAUGAGGCAUGGUAGAUUGCUAAACAGCAGAUUGGGAAGUAAUACAUAUUUUAGUGGAGUUGUUAAUCAGGAUUUGAGCAAGGGCAAAGCCAGUGUGAUUUGAAGUAAUUUUUGAGGCCUUUUUUAAAUAGGGGUAGUGAAGUUUCCUUGAUAAGGUUAGCAGGAAGUAGAUUCCAAGUUUUACCAAUUGAAUUAGCAAAUAGAGCAUCUCCUGCAGAGUUGUUGGAUUUUUGGGUCAGUACCAUCAGUUUAUUGGAUGAGCAUAGUGGCCUGAGGACACUAUGGGGGCUGAUCAUGUUUUUAAGGGCAGGAGUGUUUUCAAGUUGGUGGAGCGCUUUGUGCACUGCUAUAAGCUGGUUGAACUGCAGAAGGGUAGGAAAUUCUAGCCAUCCUAGAGCUUUUAGGUUUUGACAAUGAUGAGUCCUAUAUGCCAUGCCAUUAGUGAAUCUAGCUAUAUGGUUGUAACAGCCCGAUAAUUCAUUGAGAUCGGUUUUGGACAGGUUGGUGAGUACUGAGGAGGCAUACAUAAGGGUAGAGAGAAGGUGGGAGCAUGCAGUAGCUGCCCUAGCAAGAAGGGUGAGGAAAGGUUUGAGCUUGUACAGGGAGCCAAGUUUUUUUGUUAAUGGACUUAAUAGUAUGAUUAACAUGCGUAUCAAAUUUAAGGUUGUUGUCGAUUAUUGCACCUAGUAGCUUAGUGUGGUCAUCUGGGAAGAUAAUGGUGUCAUUGUUAGAUUUAAUGGUGAAGAAUGGAGGAGAGAGCACCUAUGGGUAGGGGAGAAAAGCAGCAGUUUGGUUUUGUUAGGAUUUGGAAGCAAGCGGUGAUUAGCUAGCCAGUUUUCUACAGUGUUGAAAGUAGGCUGGUUAGGGACAGUAGGUGUGUUGGAGAGGAGGCAGAACAUAUCAAUGUUGAGUCAUCCGCAUAUUUGAUGCAAGUAGCUUUUGGAAUGUUUGUGUGACGAUCGUUGAUAAAGAUUGAGAAAAGAAGGGGACCUAGUAUGGAGCCCUGUGGGACUCCUAGGGUUAGAGGCAGAUGGGAUGCCAGCUUGUUCUGCCAUAAGACAGCCUGCUGUCUACCGAGUAGGUAGGACUGGAACCAGUGUAUUGCCUGAUGGUCUAAACCGAUGGAUUUCUUGGUAUUAAGCAGUAGCUGAUGAUUGGCCAUGUUGAAGGCCUUUGAAAGAUCUAGGAAGAGUGCUGAGGAUAGUUUGUUGUUACAAUUAAGAUUGAUGACAUUAGAGAAAGAUAGGAUAGCAGUGGUGGUACCAUGGAAUAGUUUAAAGCCGUGCUGAGAGUCAGCGAGCAGUUUGUCUUGAAUAAGAAAGUGCAUGAGUUUGUAGAGGCAUUUUUCCAUGAUUUUAGCUAGCACUGACAGAAUGGCUGUAGUUCUAAAGUUAGAUAGCUCUGUGAAACUACCUCCUUUAUGGAGAAGUAUUACAUGUGAAAUUUUCCAUAUUGAUGGGAUGGUUCCCUCGGAGAUGGCUCUAUUAAUCAGGAUAGAAAUGGGGAGCGCUAUGGCGUCCGCAGCUUUUUUCUUCCUUUCUCUUUAGGAUUUUUCUUCUCAGCAUGUAUGUUUCUCUGGGUUCCAUUUUAUAAGACACACAACUCUGUGUACUUGUACUAAAUGUUGUUUGCCUUUUAUUUCCUGCCCGUUUGUAUGACUGUUUUCCUAGCCUUGGUAUUCUCAUCAAAUAAUUUGAUCUUACUAUUCAAGCCUUUUGUGAUAGCUGACACAAAUAUACAUGUAUGUAAUUUAAAUAAAUAAAUCCUCUUUUGCUUUGUAUGUAUAUAUGCUAAUAUGUUUGUCAUUGUUACUGGAGCUUUUCUCCCCGGGCCUCCACUGAAAACAAGCUUUUUUUAGGCCCAGUGGACUUCCCUGGUCAUCAAAUUGAAAUAAAAUAAAUAAAUAUACUAAACUAGAGCAGUUCUGAUUAUA